UUGAACAGUAGGCUGGAGUAUUUUGAAUGACCUAAAUUAGCAAGCAACAGGCAAGUGUCCAGUGGUUCUAGCUGGCUCAGUAAGCCAUCCUGCUCCUGUCUGCUUCCUGGGGUUGAAUUCAAGUUCCUGACCACCCUUCCUCUAACAGGGCAAGGAAUACCAGCAGGUUCCUUUGCCGGUUGACAAUGUCCCAACUGACAGCCACCCCAGCAAGUGCCCUUGCAGACGAGCCUGUGCACAUCCGAGCGACGGGCCUGCCUCCCUUGCAGAUGGUGACCCUUGUGGCAUCUCUGAAGGAUGAGAAGGGGACUCUGUUCCAGUCCAGAGCUUUCUACAGGGCCAACGAGGCUGGUGAGCUGGACCUGAAGCAGGCGCCUGCCUUGGGAGGUGACUACGUGGGGGUCCAUCCGAUGGGCCCCUUCUGGUCUCUGAAGCCUGAUAAGGGUUUUAGGAGGCUGCUCAAGCGCGAUGUGAUGAACAGCCCCUUUUGGGUCACUCUGCAGCUAUAUGACUCACUUUAUCUCCAAGAUUCAGCCCCGGGCGAGCCCAGGGCCAGCCAAGUGGUGCAGCGCUGGUUCUCCAGUCCUGGGGUCCAGCGGGUGAAGAUCCACGAAGGCCGCUUGCGAGGAGCCCUUUUCCUCCCUCCAGGGGAAGGCCCUUUCCUGGGACUCAUUGACUUGUUUGGGGGCACCGGCGGCUUAGUGGAUUUUCGGGCCAGUCUUUUGGCUUCCCGUGGCUUUGCAGUGCUGGCAUUAGCAUAUUUUGCCUAUGAAGACCUGCCUCAAAAGCUGCAGGAAGUGGACCUGGAAUACUUUGAGGAAGGUGCCAACUUGCUACUAGCUCAUCCCAAGGUUCAAGGUCCCGGAAUCGGAGUGGUCUCUAUGAGCAAAGGUGCAGAGAUUGGGCUGGCCAUGGCCUGCUUCCUGAAGCAGGUGGUGGCCACUGUCUGCAUCAACGGGUCCAAUGCCGUCUUUGAAUGUCCGCUCAGGUACCAGGAUCUGGUUAUAGCAUCCAUCCCCUCAUUUCCAGAGCGCAUGGAUGUCCACCCCAUGGGGGCUGCACGCCUCCGCCACUACAGGGGGGACCCCCGGGAUGAACUGAAUCAGCAGAGUGUGCUUCCUAUUGAAAAGGCCCAGGGUCAGAUCCUCUUCAUUAUAGGGGAGGAUGAUGAAUGCUAUAAUAGCAAAAAAUACGCUGAGCAGGCCCUUGACCAGCUGCGGAACCACGGGAAAAGCAAUGGAAGGAUGCUGCUCUACCCCAAGACGGGCCACCUCUUAGAGCCGCCCUAUGGGCCCCUGUGCUCUGCGUCUGUGCACCCAAGCUAUGGCCUCUUCCGCCCCAUCCUCUGGGGCGGGGAGCCUGCUGCUCAUGCAGCAGCCCAGGUACACGCCUGGGGAGAGAUCCAGAAGUUCCUCAGGCAACACCUCAUUCAGAGCAGAAGCAAAUUCUGAAUAAGAGUGAUGAUGAGGCGGGGAGACAAAAAAAGUGGUUAUAAAGCAGGGGUGUGGGUAGGUGAGGGUCUCCUGAUUUUUCUAGAUUCACAGUCACCUUGAAUUAACUGGAAGGUUCAGAUGCACCCAUCUGAAAUAUUUCUGACAAAAUUGUGUGUGCUUUAAAUUUUUGUAAAUUGAAUCUUAGUUUAUAUGCACCAGGGUAGUUGCUACUUCAAAACUGUGAUACCUUUGCAAAUUGAAUAACCUUUUGUACCCCAUUUAGGGAAAUCUUGGAUCAAGGUAUUGCCAAUCUAGAUAAAUUUCCUGGAACUUCCAAGUUAUAAAAUCACUUUCUGUUUAAA